UCACACUAAAGGUUAAUUUAAAAGCGAACAACCAGUUUAAGGGCAAGUUAUUACCUUAAAGAUAUACCACCCCUCUCCCCAGUUAGUAGGCUUUCCUCAGUGUAUUAACAAAGGCGAUUCCCCCUAUUCCUGCUUCCAUGGGACAAUCUCAUCCGCUCUCCCCCUUCCCCCAGCGCAGGAAAGAAUCUGCCCGAGUCACGCUGUCAGCGAACUGAGGCCACGCCCGUCCUCUCUCCUCCUCCAAUCAUCGCGCGGCUUCUAUGCGCAUCACGUCACCGGCGCCACUCUCAUUGGCUGGCUAUAUUAAGAACGCAGGCUGACCAUUUAUAAAGCCGGAGCGCUGCAUGUUUGGGUGAGAAAGAGCUGUGUUGAGCCGAGAGUCAGACGCGGUGUAGAGAUUGCGCGCUGUGUUGUACCGGCGUGAGGCGACACCGUCCCUUGUCCAUCUUCUUGAGUUGCUUCCCGGAAGGGGAUCGGCUGCACCAUUAGAGCCAUAGGCAAGCUGAGAAAGCAGCGGGCAUCAGCCUCGAGCAGCAGGGCAGUAGCCAUGGCCGCGAUCCGCAAGAAGCUGGUGGUAGUCGGGGACGGGGCGUGCGGCAAGACCUGCCUGCUCAUCGUGUUCAGCAAGGACGAGUUCCCCGAGGUCUAUGUGCCGACCGUGUUCGAGAACUACGUGGCCGACAUCGAGGUGGACGGGAAGCAGGUGGAGUUGGCGCUGUGGGACACGGCGGGGCAGGAGGACUAUGAUCGGCUCCGGCCUCUCUCCUACCCGGACACCGACGUCAUCCUCAUGUGCUUCUCUGUGGACAGCCCGGACUCACUAGAGAACAUCCCGGAGAAGUGGGUGCCCGAGGUGAAGCACUUCUGCCCCAGCGUCCCCAUCAUCCUGGUGGCCAACAAGAAGGACCUGCGCAACGACGAGCACGUCCGCAACGAACUGGCGCGAAUGAAGCAGGAGCCCGUGCGGACGGAGGACGGCAGGGCCAUGGCCAUUCGCAUCAACGCCUUCGAGUACCUCGAGUGUUCGGCCAAGACGAAGGACGGCGUGCGGGAGGUUUUCGAGACGGCCACCAGGGCGGCGCUGCAGAAGAAACACGGGCGGAGCGGCGACUGUAUGAGCUGCUGUAAACUCCUCUGAUCCCCCUAAUCCUGCUCUGUUUAGAGGGGACACAAAUUCAGCUGAGACUCUUACUUCCUGUACUGAGGUUCUUGCUUCCUGCAUUGAGACUCUCUUGCUUCCUGCAUUGAGACUCUCUUGCUUCCUGCAUUGAGACUCUCUUGCUUCCUGCAUUGAGACACUCUUGCUUCCAGUACUAAAAGAGCAAGAGGGUGGUGUGUGCUAAUCUGCCCCUUAGAACCAUGUCCGCUCAGGCCGGAGUCUUUGUGGGAGCGGAGCUGCCAUACUGAUCAUCAUGGCUUCCACUUUGGAACAGACACAGAGAAUGAAUGUGGGACUAUGUGACUGUAUCACAGGGGUAAGGAUCUCCUUCCCCAGAGCCUCAGUAUUAUACUGUACAUAGGACUUCUGUCUCCAGCUUUUCAAGCCUUGUGGGGGUGUUGGGAGAUCUAGCAUAGGGGGCCUGUGAAGAACAAAUCUCCCUGUGACCUUUAAAGUCUGUCUGACGUUUCAUGCUCAUGGCAGUUGUGUAGCUGUUACAUGCAGGGCCUCUGUUACUUUCCUGUAGCACUGCAGUCUCUUGAUACAAAACUGCCGCUUUUCAGUCCUUUAACUGAUACCUGUCAUGGCAGAGAGGCAUUAACCACUUCAGUGCUAAAGGAAAACCAGCCGUGCGUUGUUAUCGAUGGGCUCUCCCUUUGCAGCAAAGGGGGCGAAAAAUAUUUUUUUUUUUUUUUUUUUUUGUUUGUUCUGAAUAUUCAGAGCCGGGUAAAAUGUAUUUUUUUUUUUUUUUUCCUUUGACUUCACUGUAAAUGUUAAAAUGUAGUACACCAGCACAUGUAUCUGCUAAAGGCAUUAACCCGCUUUUAAUGUCAAGCCAACAAGGUUACAACAUUUUGGGGAAGAAGGGGUAAUACCCCGAAAGUAACCUUGUUGGCUUGACAUUAAACCCAGGUUAAGCAGAUAACGUGCUGGAGUACUUGGUUUUCACUGAUUGGUGGAGGUGCCGUCCUCCCAUACCCCAAGCACCAUAAGUGGAAAUCAAGAGGCCAGGCUCGUGCAACGUUUGCUAACAGUGCAAAUGUAAUAUAUAAAUUUUUGGUUUGCACAUUUCUCUCCCCUUUUUUAAAUUUUUGACAUUUGAUGCACUUUCCACCCCCCAAAAGUGUAACACUAGGAAACAUUUUUCUCUGCACUCUAAUCUGGGCUUCCUCUGUCCUUUGGCAACUGUAUGAUGGUAUGUUAAGGCAGUCGUGUAUGGGGGGGCUGCAUUGGGGGUACUUUAAGCUGCCACCAUAGAAUGGAAUAUAAAGUGACUUAAGUGCUAUGGGCACUACUAUGGCACCAUGAUUUAAUGCUACUAAAAAUGCAGCGCUUAAACCCCUAUAUGUUAUAAAAGGCACUAAGAUUGCCUGGGAGCAGUAACCCAUAGCAACCAAUAAGAUAUUUGCAUUUAAACUGUUGCCCAGUAAAUUCUACCUGCUGAUUGGUUGCUAUAGGUUACUGCCCUUGGGCAAACUUAUUUCCAUUAUGACCAGUUGUACAAGCAGGGGUAGAGGAACUGAAAACACUGUUCUUGUCAUUACAUUUUCCUCAUUCUGCAACUGACACUACAUAAUUACAGUACAAUUGUUUUGGGGGGAGGGAUGGGGGGGCUAAAAUAACUGUUUUGGGACCGUGGUACUACAUUUGUGACUUUGAAGACAGGAAAAAAAAAAAGCUGACCGAACAGUGAAACUAAUUUUGAAUGUUUACAUACAAUGUUGAUAUGUAUAUAUUGGUUUUUAUGUAAAAUAUUAAAAAAAAAAGCACUCUAUAAACCUA